GAGUGACAGUGCGGGCGGUGGACGCGGACUGAAUGUGUCACGAGGCUGCGGAUACCCGGGAGCAGGACUGGACUGGGCGCGGCGAUCGGCGAGCGGGUGUGUUGGGCAGCGGCGGCGAUCAUGCGGGCUCGUCGGGCUCGGGGAGAGGCGGGCCUGUGGCUGGGAGUGCCGAUCGGGAGGGAGCAGCACCGCCAGUCAAGUCACCGUGUCGGAGUGGGCCCACUCAGACUGUGCCAGAGUCCUCCCGCUGCGGCGAAAUGUUCUCGACCUUUGACAAGAUACUCAGCAGCGAGCACAUCACAUGCGCCC